CUCCCAAUCCAACCGGGGGAAACACCCUUCGUCAUACUCAGUUUCCGACACAACAUUGAUAUCAACCAUGACGAUGAAGAGAUUCCCCGCCGCCCGCGCCGCCGGAGACAAUCGCCAGCUGCGCGGCUUGGCCGGAUGCUUGAUUCUGCUCUCCAAGUACGCCAAGGAGAACGACGGCGCCGUUUCGCGGUCCACGACGGCAGCGGUUGCCGGUCGUUUCUUCGAAUGCAAGACCUGCGAGAAGAAGUUGACGUUGUUCCAGGUCCUGGGAAGCCCCCGGGCCAGCCACAACAAGCCUAACAAGAUGGGCCCGGCCGUCUCGGGGGAGAAGCCCAAUAACAAGGCCCACGAGUGCGCCACCUGCGGAUCGGAAUUCACCAUGGGCCAGGCCCUUGGAGGUCACAUGAGGCGCCACCGGGCCGCGUUGAGUUUGUUGCCCGCGUUGGCUACGAUGAAGAUAUCCUCCUCCUCCGCCGCCGAGAAUCGGGCUACGUGUUUGGAUUUGGACUUGAACUUGACGCCGGUUGAGAAUGACGACUUGAGCUUGCGGUUAGGGAAAUCCCUCCACAUUGCUUGAUUUUCAUUUUCGAUUUGUUAUCUGAUGAUUACCUCAAAUUUUUUUUUUUUUUAACGAUCUAUAUAGAACAGAUAGCUGGUUUAGCUGGACAUAUUCACGAACAUGUGUUCUUUUUUGUUUCUUAUGCUUCGAGGAGAGAUGAUUCUCUCGGUCAAUAUAUGAUUCAUAUAUUU